AUGGACGACUCUAUCCGACGCGUCGAAAAACUCGACGUGGAAGAGGCCGAAAAGGCUGAAGAGAUUGACAAGAAAGACGAGAUGGAUUACUCGCCUCAAGAAGAGAGACGCCUUGUCCGCAAGCUGGACCUUUGGAUUGUCCCACUGAUGAUGGUCACGUACACGCUGCAAAGCUACGAUAAAGGUAUUCUCAGCGCUGCCACACAGUUCAACCUCAACACCGAUCUGGGUCUGACGACCGUGGUCGGAUACGAUGCCGACGGGACGCCAAUCACGAAUAACCGGCGGUACUCAAAUGCAUCAAUGAUUUUCUACAUUGGUUACCUGGUCGGUACCUAUCCGAUGGUGUACCUGGCACAGCACUACCCGACCUCGCGCGUGAUAUCGCUGUCCACUAUGCUUUGGGGCGCCGUGGUCAUGUCUACUGCCGGAUGCUCCAACUAUGCUGGGAUCAUGGUCAAUCGCUUCAUGCUGGGCCUGCUCGAGUCUGCCGUCGCGCCUACUUUUACCGUCUUGGUGACCUUCUGGUGGACGCGUGAAGAGCAGGCUCUGCGCAUGGGGCUGUGGUAUUGCUGUGUCGGUGUUGCCACCACGAUCUCGCCCUUGAUCAACUAUGGGCUCGGUCAGAUCCCUAGCUCGCUCCUCCCAUGGAAGCCCAUGUUCUUGAUCCUCGGUGCCGUCACCACCCUGUGGUCCGUCGUUCUUUUCCUCGCUCUUCCGGACAGCCCCCUCACGACAAAAGGAUUGAGUGAAUCGGAACGCGGAAUCGCCAUCCGCCGUUUGCAGAAAAACCAGGCUGGUACAAUCAGCACUGUCUUUGAGAAGAGCCAAUGUUUCGAGGCAUUUCGCGACUAUAAAACGUACAGCUGUACCUUGAUCGUUCUUUUGACGGGCGUUCCUUCAGGGGCUAUCGGCACUUUCGGCACAAUCGUGAUCAACGGCUUUGGAUUCAAUCAUUUCGACUCCUUGGCUCUGACUUGUCCAAUUGGCGCUAUUACCGCGCUAUCUAUCCUUCUUGUCGGAUAUAUAACUCGCAAAUGGGCUGGUACCCGCUACAUAUGCAUUGCGGUGUGUGCACUGAUCUCCAUCGCAGGAACUCUGAUCUGCUGGUUGGGACCGCGCAGCAAUAGGGGUCUUUUAUUCGCAGGCAUAUUUCUUAUUGCCGUUCAGGUCGCUUCUGGGGGGUUAGCUGUUUCUCUAGCUGCGUCCAACAUCGCCGGCCACACCAAAAAAACUACUACCAGCGCAUCGACCUUUGCUGGCUACUGCGUCGGCAACAUUAUUGGGCCGUUAAUAUUCGGCGCGUCACCAGGACCGCUAUACCGGGCUGGGUUCAUCGGCAGCUUUGUGUGUCUGUGUGGUGUGGUUGUCGUUGCCACCGUCACUUAUAUUGCCUUGCGCAGGGAAAACGCAAAGAGGGACAAGACGUCAAGAAGCAGAGAGACUGGCCUGACUCACUCAAUUGAUGAGAACUUGACGGACAUGCAGAACGAAGAGUUUCGAUAUGUACUGGUGCUUGUCAGUAUGCUCAUAGGCUUGGCCGGCGUAAAUGCAGCAGCAUGCAGGUAUACCGGUCUACCCUUUAGACAAUCAAUUGGACACGUCUCCAAUGUCUCCAUCGAAAGCAACGGCCUCAAUCGCAGUUAUCUUGUCUCGAUCCCGCCUCUGUAUAGGCCGUAUAUUCCAGCCGGCGUCAUCUUCUCCUUCCACGGUGGUGCUCGCACCUCCACGGACCAGUUGCGGCUGGACCAGUUGACAAAUCCGGAAUUCAAUACCAGACAUAUUGUUGUGUAUCCACAGGGCGUAAAUGCAUGCGUACCUGGCGACGAGAUCGACGACGUUAAAUUCACCGCCGACAUUCUAGAAAAGAUCGAAUCAAGCUACUGCAUUAACAAGGAUCGUAUUUGGGCUACUGGAAAGUCCGAUGGUGGCGGUUUCACCAACGUCCUUGCCUGCGAUGCUGGCAUGUCCAAACGUUUUGCAGCCUUUGCUCCAGUUUCAGGAGCAUACUAUGUGGAUACAUUGCCCUGUGCGCCGUCGACAGUGAACAUUCCCUGCCAUGCAGCACGAUCGAAUAUCCCGUUUCUGGCUUUUCAUGGUGGAAACGACACCACCAUUUCAUACUCGGGCGGGGAACGCAAGGAAGAAUGCCUGCCCAGUAUUCCACAUUUCAUUCAAGAGUGGGCAGCACGAGACAAGCUCGACAGUAGCAAGAACUUCACAACCUGGGUAGCUUCAAACACGGUAGCUUAUUCAUUUGGUCUUACUGGGCUUGUCCGUCUAAUAUAUGACUCUGUGAUCGGGCACGACUGGCCCAGCACAAUCCCGAAUGCCGAUAACCAGAAGCCGGGUCAUCAUCCGGCAAGUUUCAAUGCGACUCCGAUUGUACUGGACUUUUUUGACCGGCAUCCCUUGGCGUUGGACUACUGGACUACUCGAAAUGUUUAA